AUGUCCAAGCUUCGCACAUUCUCGAGGCGAGCCGCUCCGGAGGACGGCGGCUCGCCUCCGCCCGCGGCCGUGCCGCGUGUCCGUCCCAAGCCGCCGCCGCCCAAGCGCGGCCGCGGCGGUGUGGGCAGCGGCGGAGGCAGCCUCAAGUCGCUCGCGCGCCGCGACCAGGCGUGGCGCUCUUCGACGGUGGACGACCUCGAGUACGCGCUCGACGGCCUCUCGCGCGGCCGCGGCGAGCUCGUGCGCCGAUCGGCGAGCGACGUGGUCGGCGUGUGCGCGCCGGCGCUGCAGCUGGGCAGCGCGCGGGCGGCAUCGCUGCUCUCGUCCUGCGGCGCGCUGCUCACGCUCGCGCGCGGGCUCGCCGCGACGGCCAGCGCGGACCCGUUCGUCUCGCUCUGCGUCGCCACGCUGCUGCACGCCCUCAGCCAGGUGGAGCCCGAGCCGGCGACGGCGGUCCACAUCCUCGAGGCUGCGCUCGGGCGGCUGCGGAUGUCGUGCGCGGCGCUCGACGCGAGCGGCGCGCCACCGACGCCUCCCGGCCCCGUCGGCGUCGCGCGGCAGGGCUCGGAGCUCUCCACCACGGAGCUCGUCCAGCUGGCGGAGCGGCUCCGCGCGCUGUCGCCUCUCGCGGCGGAGCUGCUGCCGGAGGCGGGCUCUGCAGAGGCGGGCUCUGCAGAGGCGCUCGGCGCAGCGGCGGCGCCGCUCGUGCGGCGGCAGUGCCUCGCAAGCGUCGCCGCGAUGGCCACCUUCGACAUCGACACCUCCGGAGAUGCGGCCGGAGACGACGACGAGCCAGGAGGGAGCGGCAGCGGCGGGGAGGAGGAGACGGCGAGCGAGCCUGGCAGCGGGACUCCUCCCGAGGCGAGCCUGGCCGAGCCUCACCCUCACCCUCACCCUCACCCUCACCGUAGCCCCAUGGCACUGUCGACUUAG